UCAUGCCAUUCCUGCGACUGUCAUGGCGUAGGGAAUUCAUGUAUUUCAUGUUGAUUUCGUGUUAAAAAUAAAGUUUUUAUUGUAGGAAAACAAACUAAAAAUCCUUCAGGUUAAUUAAUUAUUCACACUUAUUUCUCAACUCGCUGUUAUAAAAGUGUCUCUUCUCUUGCAUUUGUGUGCCGAUAUUUGACGGUAAACUGUUGACGAUGGAGCAAGUGGAAUUCACAAAAGUUGUUGUCAAGACUGAGCCCUCUGAUAAAGAGUGUGAAGACGAGCCAUUCGAAGCCGUGUCUAUAAAACGCGAGCCGUCAUGUGUGAAAGACGAGCCUCUUGACGACAGCGCGUCUAUAGAAGUCGAGAUACCAGUGUGCGUCAAACGAGAGCCCUCAGAGGUCUUAGAGUUGAGUGACAAGGUGGUGGGAGCUUAUUCGUGCCAGCUGGAGAGUAACGAGCUGGUUCUAACGCCAAUGGUAGUGCAGCACGAAGGUUCUGCACAAGAAAAAGUAACAAAAAAGAAAUCUAGUGCAGUAACGAAAAUGUAUAAAUGUGGCUACUGUGAACAUAAAGAUAUCAAUGUACGUUUACUAAUAAGUCAUAUGAAGCAACAUACCAGAAAUACAUCCAGCAGUUCUGACAAGAAAACUGGUGUAGGAGUCCAGAAAAUGCAUGAAACUGUGCAGAUAAUCAAAUGUGGAAAAAAUGAUGCUAGUACUAGCAAAACUAAAUCUACUCAAGAUGUUAGGAAUGUGAAACUUUAUAAAUGUAGUCAAUGUAGUUUUACCGGCACCACACAUGAUGAUUUAUUAAAACAUAGACUAGUACAUGUGAAACCAGACAACGCAAAAGGUACUAAGAAAAGAAAAUAUAAAUCUAGACUGUAUAAAUGUAGACACUGCAGCGAAUCGUUCUCAGAAGCGCAGGGUAGGCUAGCACACGAACGGACACACAAGAUGGACGACAAACCUUUCAAAUGCGACCAAUGUAAUUACGCCGGUUCACAUCUACACUAUUUACAGGGCCAUAUGACUAUGCAUACCAAUGUCAUUUCUUACAAGUGCAGCCAAUGUGACUUUACUUGUGCUAAAAGAGAUGAUCUACUGAACCAUAAAGUUAUACAUCCAGUUAGUGAUACACUGCCUUUCAAGUGCGAUGAAUGUGGUUUUGCUACCGGCAGGGAAUGGAGUUUGCGAGUGCACAAAACGAUUCAUACUGGAGAAAAAACAUACAAAUGUAGCUUAUGCAGUUAUACUACUGUUAAUAAUGCUCAUCUAGCGCUCCAUGAGAAGAAACAUACGAUCAAACGUUACAGAUGUGACGAGUGUAGUUUUGAGUGUAAUCGGGCGUUUCAAUUGAAAAAUCAUCAAAGGACUUGCACUUAUGAGAAGCUUAAGGAGUCCAUAAUAAAUGAAAAUGAGAGAAAGAAGUUAAGAGACCAUCUAUCAAUACAGGAAGAAUCGACAAAGGACCAGCCAGCAACACCGUAGUACUGGUACCAGUUGAAGACAAUAAUUGAUUAUACAGGAUGUAUUUAUUUAGGUAUGUACAAGUAACAAUAUAUUAAAAAAAUCUAAUGUCAUAUUUCGUUUAAUUUUGCACAGACUUUAUACCUUUCAUUCUGUUUAACAACUUCUCAUAGAUGCGGGGAUUGUUUAAAAAUCAAAGACAAUUUUAUUAUAACUCCGUAAAAAACAAAAAGGCUGGUCGCAAAGUUACUGUUGAAGUAAAAUGUGUAAUCACAGUGCAUAGACUGCUAUCUCUCGACACAG